AUGCACAAGACUACACUCCUUGGACUUUUGGCCUCGAGCCCUGUCUCGGCCCAGCUUCACAGCCUGGCGCAGGCCGCUGGACUCAAGUACUUCGGCUCAGCUGUCGAUAACGGAUAUCUCAGCGAUGCGCCCUACAGCAAGCUAGCUGACGACGUUGAGGAGUUUGGACAGCUCGUUCCGGAGAACGGACAGAAGUGGGAGACUGUUGAGCCCAAGCAGGGUGAUUUCGUUUACACGACUGCUGAUGUUGUUCCGGAUCUUGCGAAGAAGAAUGGUCAGAUUCUGAGGUGUCAUGCUUUGACUUGGCACAGUCAGCUUCCUUCCUGGGUUUCUGAUGGUGCUUUCUCUGCUGAGGAGCUCACUGAGGUCAUCGAGGCUCAUAUCGCCAAUGUUGUUGAGCACUACAAAGGUGAUUGUUACGCUUGGGAUGUGGUCAACGAGGCCAUCGAUGACAGCGCCGAGUGGCGAGACAGCGUCUUCUCCCGCACUCUGGGAACUGACUUCCUUGGCAUCUCCUUCAAGGCUGCCCGCAAGGCCGAUCCCGCUGCCAAGCUGUACUACAACGACUACAACCUUGAGCAGAACGGUGCCAAGACCGACAAGGCUGUCGAGCUUGUCAAGCUUCUCCAGAAGGAGGGUGCCCCCAUCGACGGUGUUGGUUUCCAGGGUCAUCUGAUCGUCGGCGAGACUCCUUCUCGCUCUGAGCUCGCUGCCACUUUCAAGCGCUUCACUGAUCUCAACGUUGAGGUCGCCAUCACCGAGCUUGACAUCCGCCACGAGUCUGUUCCCGCUACCGCCGCUCAGCUCAAGAUUCAGGGAGAUGAGUACGCCGAUGUUGUUGGUGCCUGUCUCGACACCAAGGGCUGUGUUGGUGUUACCGUCUGGGGUAUCACUGACAAGUACAGCUGGAUCCCCGGUGUCUUCGAGGGUAACGGCGAGGCUCUUCUCUACACCGAUGACUACGAGAAGAAGCCCGCCUGGACCAGUGUCUCCAGCCUUCUCGCCGCUGCUGCCACGGGAGCCCCUACCGCCAGUUCGGUUGCCCCCGUUGAGACUACUGCCCCCGCUACAACUCUCGAGACCAAGACCAAGCCCGUCUACACUGUCCCUGGCACCACGAACUACAUGAACACCACCGCUCCUCAGACCGAGCAGACCCGCACUGCUCUUGCUACUGAGACUGAUGAUAACGAUGACGACUGUGCCGAAACCGAUGCCCCCUUCCCUACAUAUGCCAUUCCCACCAACGGAACCCAGGUCUAUCCCACCAAGGUUCCUGUCGACGAUGACUCCGAUGAUGACUGCGCCGAGACCGACGCCCCUUUCCCCACAUACGCUGUCCCCACCAACGGAACUCAGGUUUACCCUACCAAGGCUCCCGUUGACGAUGACGACUGCGCUGAGACCGAGGCUCCCAUUCCAACUCAAGCCCCUGUCCCCUCUGGAGACUGCGAAGAGGACAACGGCGAGUUCGAGCCCACCGUCGCUGCCGUCGAGUCCACCGCUCGCGUCCCCGUCAUCCGCAGCAGCUCAGCCUACACCUACAAGUGGAACACCGAGACAGCUGCUCCUCAAGUUCCCGCUCCCACAGGAACUGCCCCCGCUUACCCUGUCGGAACUGGCUCUGGCGGUGUUGUCAAGCACUACUACCAGUGCGGUGGUAAGAACUACAAGGGACCUACCGAGUGUGAGAAGCCCUACAAGUGCGUCGAGCACAACGAGUACUACUUCCAGUGCGUUUAAGGGGUGUAAUUAGAUGGGAUUUGGGUGCUCUAUUCUUCAUUACUACAUGUACAUAGUUAUCUCUACAUAAUUUAGAGUUCCUUGCUUGAAGCAGGAACUAUU